CUGUACCUUGCAAUUUUUUUUUCUAGCAGAAUAGGAAGGGAGGGUUUACAAUAACAGCUCGUCAAAUUCAAGAAUUAUGGAUUUUUGACUUUCGGUUCCAAUUUAAAAUCGGUUGCACUGAAAACUUUUAGAGUGAGUGCAGAAGACGAAGUAGAAGUGGCAUCAUGGAAUUAGCAAAUGCAAAUUGUCUGGUUUUUGUGCUGAAUGGCCAAAGGACUGAAGUGGAUUUAUCUCAAAUCCACCCAGAAACUACUCUGCUUUCUUAUCUUCGUUAUCACACUCAGUACAAAGGAGCCAAACUUGGCUGUGGAGAAGGGGGAUGUGGGGCUUGUGUUGUGCAUUUAUCAAAAUACAACACUGAUACAAAAGAGACACAGGAAUUUUCAAUAAGUUCGUGCUUGACACUGUUGGGAUCUAUAGAUGGUUGUUCCAUCACAACUACUGAAGGGCUUGGGAAUUGCAGGGAUGGAUAUCAUGCUAUCCACAAAAGGGUCGCAGGUUUUCAUGCAUCGCAGUGUGGGUACUGCACUCCAGGAUGGUGUAUGUCUCUUUAUGGUGCUCUUCGUCAGGCUGAUGCCAAAGGAAACAAUGAUCAUAGACAUGGGUUUUCAAAUAUUUCGGUUUUGGAAGCUGAGAAAGCCGUUGCAGGGAAUGUGUGCAGGUGUACUGGCUACAGACCCAUUGCUGAUGUUUGUAAAAGUUUUGCAGGGGAUGUUGAUUUAGAAGACUUGGGUCUCAACACCUUUUGGAAAAAGGAUGAAUUUCCUGACCCAAAUAAGCUGCCUGAAUACAAUCCAACUGGAGUUUCUACAGAUUCCAAAUUCUGUAGACCAAGAUGUGAAGAUUUUAGAACAUCCUCAUUGAAUUUUUCUUACAAAGAUGAAUUCAGUGGAGAAGAACGUGUUUGGAUUAGACCAUCCACCUUGGAUGAGGUUUUGGGGGCUCUGGAAAAAGCUGCUGAGGAAAAUGUUGAACCCAAGCUUGUAGUAGGUAACACAAGUGCUGGAAUCUACAAAAACAUAGAGCCUAAAGUUUUUGUUGAUAUCAGAAACAUCUCAGAGCUACAGAUUAUUAAAAGACAUGAUUCUGGGAUUGAAGUUGGAGCAGCUGUAACCAUUGCCAAGCUUAUAAAAGCAUUGGAGGAUACAAAUGCCAUUGCAGAUGAUAUUCUGGAUCAUGGAAAAGAAAACCCUACUAGAAGUUUAGUGUUUGAGAGCCUUGCCAAUCACCUGAAAAAGGUAGCCUCUGCAUUUAUUAGAAAUACAGCUAGCAUCGGUGGCAAUAUAAUUAUGGCCAAGAAAUUGUCAUUUGAUUCAGAUGUUGCAACCAUUCUCCUUGGAGCUAAUACAUCAGUCAAAAUUAUCUCAACUGAGAGAUUAGAAUCUGAGUUAACCAUGGAGGAAUUCCUUGAUAAGCCUUGUCUUGAUUCAAGGGUACUAUUGCUCUCGGUAUUCAUUCCAAACUGGAAUGAAGUUAGCAAUCCUGCUGGAAACAAUGGCUCUGCUAAAUUUGACGAAAAAUUGUUGUUCAAAACAUAUAGGACAGCCAUUCGACCGCUUGGUAAUGCAGUGUCUUAUGUUAAUGCUGCCUUCCUCGCUCAAAUUUCUCUCAGUAGACAUCAAGGAAAUCUGGUUGCAAAGAGUCUUCGACUUGCUUUUGGUGCAUAUGGGGUGAGCCAUGCUAUUAGGGCUACCACUGUAGAAGAGUUCUUAGUCAAUAAAGUUAUAUCACCAGAUGUUCUUCUGGAGGCAAUUGAAAUGCUUAAACUACAGAUCAUUCCUGUGGAAGGUACCCCAAAAUCUGCUUACAGGCAAAGUGUGGCUGUUGGUUUUCUUUUUGACUUCAUUAGUCCUCUUGUAAAAGAUAUAGUUCCCCCUUGCAUCACUGAUUCUCUGGAAGUUAACAACAACCAGAGUGACAGUACUUUCAAUCAUGAGAAAUGCUCCUUCAAAACAAAAAGCAUUAUAGAUGGUAAACAAACAAUGGAAUUUCAUGAUGAGUAUACUCCAGUAGGCCAGCCUUCUGCAAAAGUUGCUGCAGAGCUUCAAGCAUCAGGAGAAGCUGUAUUUGUAGAUGACAUUCCUUCUCCAGAUAAUUGCCUGCAUGGGGCAUUUGUUUACAGCAAAAAGGCUUUGGCGUUAAUUAAGAAGGUUGAUGUAAAAGAUGCAUUAGAAUCUCCCAGUGUAGUUUACUACAUAUCCUAUAGUGAUAUCCCUAAACAAGGAAAAAAUAUUAGUGUCGAUGGAAGGUAUGGCGAAGAAAUUCUGUUUGCUGAAGAUACUGUGGAGUGCUUUGGUCAACCGAUAGGACUUAUGGUUGCAAAUACUUGGCAUGAUGCAAAAAGGGCAGCUGAUAAAGUGAGUGUAGAUUAUGAUUGUGAGACAUUAGGUCCUCCUAUUCUCUCUGUUGAAGAUGCAGGAGCAAAAAACAGUUUCUAUAAUGUUCCCCAAAUUGUGGCUCCUAAGCCCGUAGGAGAUCUUGCAAAAGGAAUGUCAGAAGCAGAUAUUAGGAUUGAAUCUGCAGAGGUCAGAACUGGAUCUCAGUAUUAUUUCUAUCUAGAAACCCAGACUGUGUUAGCUAUACCAGAUGAAGAUGAGUGCAUGGUAGUUUACAGCGCAUGCCAGAACCCAGAUGUUUCACAAAAAACUAUUGCAAAGUGUCUUGGCAUUCCUACUCAUAAUGUGCGCGUUAUAACAAGAAGAGUGGGUGGUGGAUUUGGUGGGAAGGGCUUUAGAUCUAUACCUGUAAGUUCUUGCAAACAGAAAUUUCAUUUUAGUCCAUGUUUUCUGUUAACUAGUUUUAGAGCUACCUUGAUCAAAUGUUAUACAACUUUCUAUACGUUUGCAUAA